CCCCGUACGCCUGAAGCCCUACAGGCUCCCGCCGCCCCCCUCCCCCUCCCCCCCUCCCGCUCCCAAACCCUAACCCCUCCGCCUCUCAUCGCCGCCACCGCGGCUCUCCCCUUCCUCGCCGCGACAUCCCGUCCCCGCCCUCUCCACCGCGUCCACAAUCUUCCUCCAUUAGAUUUCGAGGGGUCUCGGAAGGAUGGCGUUCCUGCAGAAGGUCGGGAAUGCCCUCAAGCGGUCCGCGGGCUCCGGCUCGGCGAUGCUCCAGGCGGUCCGGUCCAUGUCCUCCUCCAAGGUCUUCGUCGGAGGCAUCUCGUACGGCACCGAUGACCAGAGCCUCGCGGAUGCGUUUUCCAACUACGGCCAAGUCGUGGAAUCCAAGGUGAUCAUGGACCGUGAAUCUGGAAGGUCAAGGGGGUUUGGUUUUGUGACCUACACUUCGGCGGAGGAGGCUGGAGCUGCCAUCACCGGAAUGGAUGGGAAGGAUCUGCAGGGUCGGAUAGUGAGGGUGAGCUAUGCUCAUGACCGUGGUAGUCGUCCAAGUUUUGGUGGUGGGGGUGGCUAUGGCGGCGGUGGUGGCGGCGGCUAUGGCGGCGGUGACGGUGGUUACGGUGGAGGUUCCUAUGGUGGUGGUGGAGGCUACAGCGGAGGUGGUGGAUAUGGAGGUGGAGGCAGAGGUGGUGGAUACAACAGUGGUGGCAGUUAUAAUUCAGGGUACAACAGUGGGGGGAACUAUGGUGCCCCUCAAGGCGGGCAAGGUGGCUAUGGGGGUGAUGCUGGUUUCACAGGGGUUGGUGGUGGUGGAUACAAUGCUGCUCCUGCCAACAACUAUGGCGGCGAUAGCCUGAAUCAAGGGGGUGGAGCACCUCCUGCAUUUGGAGGUGGAAACUAUGGCGCAGGCAACGACAGCUACGCAAACGAUACCCCUGUCGAUCUGCCCCCUGGUAAGCUCGAUGACCUGCUGAAGGAUCUCAAAUUUGAUGUUGGUGGUAAGGAGGAUGGUGCUGGGGAGGACGCUGGCUUGGUUGACGCGGACACCAAGAGAAGCGAGGGACAGGACGACUUGCUUGAUGACGACUUCAGCAAGGAUGAAGAUGACUACGCCAACAAGAGAAGCUGAAUGUCGGUCCAGCAAGAAGCACUAGCCGAAUAAUUUUCCAUGGAUGUUUUCUCCAUGACCGCCUUGUUUUUGGUAUGUCCUGUGAUGAAGAUAAUAAUGUAGUGCUUGCAAACAAGUUAUGUUCGGUCUCUUAGCUACGUUCUGUACGUCUGUUUUGUGUACUGUGUGCUGGAUUCAUGCGAACUUGAACCUGAACUCUGCAUUUUUUGGACGCUGUGAAAUUGCAUCUUCAGUAGCUGCUUGUUA